AUGACACGCAAGAGACAGAAAUUGGUCAUUAAAAGAACUGCUAACUUGACUGAUUCUAUGAGAAAAGAACGUCAAUCGGAGACUUUUGAAGAGAUGAGCACUGCGGUUUCGAAAGAAACGACGUCAGUCGAAUCGCUUCGCCAAAAGAAAAAAGUUAAAGCGGCUCGAACGAUUCGAGUUCAAAGAGAGAAGAUCAUAAGAUAUGAAGCGAAGUUGGCAGCUGCUUACCAAAAAUCUGAAAAUACGCACUCGUUGGAUACUGUAACUGAGCCAGAAGACAUUGAUGAAUUCGAUAAGAAGUGUGAGGAAUCCAGACACAUCGGACCUCAAUUAAACCCGAUGAAAUUCGUUGCCACUGAUGUUGAGACUCCGGCUCAAGCGGUUUUCGUUUCGGAUUUCGAUCUGUGUGAGGCAAUGCACCGCCCGGAACCUAAUUCGACUCAAUCGAAGAAAGUGGAAUCUUCGAAACGGUUCGAGGUGGAACAGAAGUUUCUGGAAGAACUUGUGACGGAUAUUGAGAAAUUGUUGGCGUCGAGUGGAAGAAUGGAUGUGGAAUUGAAGGUUGUGAAGACGAGAGAGAAUAAUGGAUCUCCAUGCAGCAAAAUCAGUUUGGUUCGGAAAAUGAAGGCUGAAAAAGUUGGAGAAAAUCUGAAGAAUCAACGUGAACUCUAUGGAUUCGAAGCGUCUGAAAUUCCAAUGAAAGAUGACGAAUUCAAAAGAGAUCACGGGAAUAGUGAAGUGAAAAUCACAAAGAAUCAGAAAGUUCCAUCUGGAUACAAGAUGUAUACUUCGUUUAAACGUCUUUUCGGUUACUGA